CAUGUAUUGAUGUGUUAGGCGAAAAUAACCGCUUAUAAAAGAAUUUUAUAUUAGUUCAAAAAUAUAAAUCUUCUGUUUCCCGUGUUCGAAGAUCAUUGUCAUAAUGAUUCGAAAUACACCUGUCAAUCGUGCUUCACUGAAUCUUCUAAGGGAUUUAGCAUAUGUAAAUGGAAAGUGGAUAAGUGCGAUAAACAAAAAUACGUUUCCUGUUUAUAAUCCUGUUGAUAAAUCAGUCAUUAAUAGUGUCCCUGAUAUGAAUGUUGAGGAUACUCGAGCAGCAGUUAAUGCAGCAUCUGCAGCUUUUGAAACAUUCAGUAAAACAACAGCAAAGGAACGCAGUGUAUUACUUAGAAAUUGGUAUAAUCUAAUGGUGAAACAUUCUGAUGACUUAGCAAAAAUUUUGACUAAAGAAAAUGGAAAGUCCCUUGCUGAGUCUAAAGCAGAGAUUAAUUAUGGAAAUUCUUUUGUUGAAUGGUUUUCAGAAGAAGCUAGACGAAUUAACGGGGAAGUAUUACAAGCACCAGUACCAACUAGAGAACUUCUUUUGUUAAAGCAGCCAGUAGGGGUAGCUGCUUUGAUUACACCAUGGAAUUUUCCGCAUGCUAUGAUUACACGUAAAGCAGGUGCUGCUCUUGCUGCAGGGUGUACAUGUGUAAUUAAGCCAUCUGAAGAUACACCUCUUACAGCCUUAGCAUUAGCUGAUCUUGCAGAAAAGGCAGGUAUUCCUCAUGGUGUUUUGAAUGUGCUCACAACAGGUCAACAAAAUUCUGUUGCUGUUGGUAAAGAAUUAUGUGAGAACCCUAAAGUACGAGUUUUAUCAUUUACUGGUUCUACAACUGUAGGAAAAAUUCUUUAUCGACAAUGUGCUUCAACUAUGAAACGAAUUAGUCUUGAAUUAGGGGGUAAUGCACCAUUUAUUAUUUUCGAUUCAGCAAAUUUGGAUAUAGCUGUAUCAGGUGCUAUGGCAAGUAAAUUCCGUAAUACUGGCCAGACGUGUGUCUCUGCAAAUAGAUUUUUUGUGCAAGCUGGUAAAUUUGAUAAAUUUGUUGAAAUGUUUUUAUCAAAAAUUAAAAGUGAAAUUAAAAUGGGUGAUGGCAGUAAAGAAGGAGUGACACAUGGUCCUCUCAUUAAAGAAAGUCAACUAAAUAUGGUACAUAAAUUAGUUACUGAUGCAGUGCAAAAAGGAGCAAAAGUACAUUGUGGUGGCAUGCCACUAUCUGAAAAAGGACCAUUAUUUUAUGCUCCUACGCUUAUAACAAAUGUAACUGAAGACAUGGAAAUAUAUAACAAAGAGAUUUUUGGUCCAGUAGCUGUUAUUAAUAAAUUUGAAACUGAAGAAGAAGUUAUACGAAAAGCUAAUGAUACUCCUGUUGGCUUAGCUGGAUAUUUUUAUUCACAAGAUGUAUCACAAAUAUUUAGAGUAGCAAGAAAAUUAGAAGUUGGAAUGGUUGGUGUAAAUGAAGGAAUGAUUUCAUGUGCAGAAGCUGCUUUUGGAGGAGUAAAAGAGUCAGGUUUAGGUAGAGAGGGUUCCAGUCACGGUGUUGAAGAUUUUCUUGAUAUAAAAUAUGUAUGUAUCAGUCGUCAGUAAUAUUAGCCGCUAAUAUGUUUGGUCUAUAUUUUGACUAAGUAAGUUUUAGUGAAAAAGAAAUAUACUCAGAAUUAAUGUAUUAUUGCAAUAGUACAUUGCUUCAUAAUAAUGUACUAUUUGUGAAACCGAAUGUCUUCCAUAGUCUAUAAAAUAUGUCUUCCAUAGUAUAUAAAUUACAGUAAUAUUAAUAGUAACGUAGUAUAAAUA